AUGAAAGAACCCCGGAUUUUCCCUAGAGAGCGGCCAACUCCUUGGACUCGUGCUCAGUUGCCACCUCGAGGACGACUCGACGGUUCUUUGGGACCACAGGGGGGUCCUGUCCUAAACACAGGUCACCCGCUGGGCAUGAACUCUGAUCCCUUCCUUAUGGCAACUGGUUCUCUUGGUGGAAAUCUGGCCCCAUUUCCAAGGAACCCAUCACCUUUUCCAACUUCAUCAGGCUCAUUGGCUUCAAAUCCAGCACCUUUCCCUGCUGGUGCUCGUGACCCAGGCAUGGCUUCUUUUCCAAGAGGGAUGAAUCCCACUGGCACAGGUGCAGUUUCUUUCCCAAGGCCUGGUGGCCUCUUGGGCCCAGGUCCAGGCCCAGGCCCAUCUCUAAACCCAAGGGCAGGGGCUCUACCAGGCCCAGGGCCUCUGUCUAAUCCAAGGUUAGGGGGUCUCCCGGGGCCAGGUCCUAUGUCCAACCCAAGGGCAGGUGGUCUCCUGGGAACAGGUCCUGACCCCAGAAGUGGCGGCCCCAUGGGCCCUGGAUCUGGGCCCAACCUGAGAGCAGGUGUCCUGUUGCCUUCUGGGAAUGGUCCUCCUAAUCCUAGGCCUGUUGGCCUGGGACCAGGACCCAGUCCCAAUCUGAGAUCAGGCUUCGUUGGUACAAACCCUGCCCCGAGAUCAGGUAUGUUUCCAGGCCCUGGCCUUGGGCCCAACCCAAGAGCAAAUAGCCUGGGCCCAAGCCUUGGGCCCAACCCAAGGGCAGGUGGCCUGGGACCAGGCCCAAAUCUGGACACCAGAGCAGGUGGCCUCCUGGGCACGGGAUCUGGUCUUAACUUAAGGAUGGCUGGACCUCAAGGCCUAGAUCUUGCCCCCAUUUUAAGAGCAGCAGGUCUAUUAGGAGCAAAUUCAGCUGCUUUCUCACAGGCUUCUGGAAACAUGGGCACAAGCCCAUCCUCUAUGGCAAGAGUACCUGGCCCCAUGGGCCCAAACUCGGGUCCUGGUUCUCGGGGAAUUGGCCUUCCAGGGCCAAAUCCAUCUCCCAUGUCCAGAGCUCCCGGCCCCAUAGGCCCUAAUUCAGCUCAUUUUUCAAGGCCAGCUGGGCCCAUGGGAGUAAAUGCCAGUCCCUUUCCAAGGGGGACCGGUUCAGGAGGGCUGAAUCCAGCUGCCUUUUCUCAGUCUUCUGGCACAUUGGCUUCAAAUCCAGCUACCUUCCAGAGGUCUGCUGGCCUCCAGGGCUCAAGUCCCGCAAUUUUCCCAAGAACCUCUGGGCCACUAGGCCCCAACCCAGCUAACUUCCCAAGGGCCAGUGGCUUGCAGGGCCCAAGUCCUGCUGCCUUCCCAAGGUCUACUGGCCCAUUAGGCCCUGGUCAGGUUACUUUCCCCAGGUCAGCUCCUGGGCCCCUGGGCUCUUCUCCAGCAGGCCCUGUGGGCAUCAACCCAGCUCCUUUUGCAAGGCCAACUGGAACCCUGGGUCUAAACCCAGCUUCCUUUCCAAGGAUGAAUGGCCCUGUGAGCAAGACUUUGGUCCCAUUUCCUAGAGUGGGGAACCUCCCUGGCACAAACCCAGCUGCUUUCCCCAGACCAGGGGGUCCUAUGGCUGCAAUGUACCCAAAUGGAAUGUUACCCCCUUAA